GCGUGGCUUGCUGCGCUUAGUCCUGCGCUGCUGCUUCUGGCAGUACCGUGCUGCUCUUUGCAGGUAGACGGGCGGAUGCGCGCGGGAGUGUAUGUGCUCUCAUUUUAUUUUAUUUCAUUUCAUUGUGGACCCAUUUUCCGAUCUGACGGUCGUGGCCGGUUGUGUCCGAGUCAUCGUCCUCUCGACGAAGCCGAUUCGUCGCCCAAAUCCUUACCGUCUCACCGCCUUUCAAUUCCACGUCGAUAAGCGUUGUCGUCACCAGGGCAGGCCGUACAAGACGUCCACUCAAUCCCACGUGUCAGAAGUCCGAUCAAUCUCCAUCUCUAUUCUAUUGUACUGGAUCAAACAUCGUCUUCACCUCCUCCUCCUCCUCCUUCUCCUCCUACUACGACUCCAGCGGAAGGGCACACACACACACACACACACACACACACACACACACACAGAGAGAGAGAGAGAGAGAGAGAGAGAGAGAGAGAGAGAGAGAGAGAGAGANGAGAGAGAGAGAGAGAGAGAGAGAGAGAGAGGUUGUGAUGAAGCUGGGAUAACAAGCUGUAGCUGUGGCUGGAGGGAGACACGAUGGACUUGGUAGAAGGAAUGGAGGAUGAAGGGGUUUGGGUUCGGUGAUAUAUUUCAGAAUUUUGGCGGGAGAUAGGAUUAUGAAUAUGUGACACGGAUGGUCGAGGAGCGCGGGAGGUUGACCACCGAAGUGUCAGUGGCGGGAAAAUUGGCAGUGCCCUGGGCUAAACUGAUUGACUGGGAGCUCUGCCUCCUAAGCGCAGAUGGAGCUGCUGCCUAUUUAGGUGCGGUGAUUGGUGGUGAUGGUAGUGCUGAUGAUGACGACGACAAAUAUGAUGAAGAUGAUGAUGAUGAUGUGGAUUAGGGGGAGGAGGUUCGGAGGGUAGCAGACCUGUUAGGAUCAGUACCGGUGGCGCGUCGAUCGAGACGGCGAGCUGCGUCAUACUGAGAACAUCAUCAUCGGUACAAAGCUCUGCUGAUGGUCAACGAUAGCAGAUAGAUGGUGUUGAGUUGUAAGCAGGCGCUUGUGCUGGUGUGGGGAUGGCGGAAGUGGGCAUUCAAUCUCGCGCGGAUUUACGACUUGGUCAUCUCCGACCUAUAGCCAUAUGUCACCUUUGCCGUCUGGCUAUACAUAAUCUCUGCCGUACAGCCAUAUAGCAUCACGGCCGUAUACCCAUAUAUCUAUAUCUAUAGCUAUAUAUAUAUAAAUUUAUGUAUAUCUCCGCGUCUGCGGGAUAGGCUUGUCCUCCUACAGCCGUAUAUCACCUCUGCCGUAUAGCCGUAUAUCAUCUCUGCCGUAUAGACGCUAUGUAGCAUCACGGCCGGGUAACUAUAUACUAUGUAUAGCUUCUCCGUGGCGUAGCCUUGUCCUGUCUAGCCUACAGCACCGUUGCUUUUACUAUCUCGUCGCCAGACUGAUCGUCUUGGCGAUGGUGGUCAAUUCUUUGAGACGCUGACUGUGAGCUGAAAGAGCUAAUUGUGCCUGUGUUUCGAGUUGAUGGAUAAGGCUAUAGAUAGGUGGGGUUGCUGUCGUCAGAGGCAUAUAAGAUAGGUGGGGUUGCUGUAGACAGAGGCAUAUAUCUAUAAAGCUAGACUA